AUGACUUCAUUUUCAUUGACCGAAGAAGAAAGGACUGUCCAACGGGAAUACUGGCAGGAACACAGCAAGAAACAAGGCUCAAGCAUGGAAAACAUGAUGUUGGACGACUCUGCGUCCAAAUUAGACUUGAUGGAUCGUCCAGAAAUCUUGUCAAUGCUCCCUACUUAUUCUGACAUUCGAAUUUUAGAGCUGGCCUCAGGCAUUGGGCGGUUCACGGGCUCUCUUGCUAGCAAAGCAGGAAGCGUGGUUACGGUCGAAUUUAUGGAGGAGUUUGUUGCCAAAAACAAAGAACUGCACAAUCAUUUCGGCAAUUGCGAUUUCCUGUGUGCGGAUGUCCUCAAGCUGACUCUUCCACCGGCCUCAUUUGACCUGGUUUUCUCGUGCUGGAUUCAGAUGUACCUCAACGAUCAAGAGGUGCGCGUCCUAGCCGCCCGAAAGCUUGAAUGGUGCAAGCCCGGAGGUCACGUUUUCUUCCGUGAAUCAUGCUUUCAGCAGUCGGGGAAUGUUACCCGCGCUUUCAAUCCCUCGCAUUAUCGACACCCCUCGUUUUAUACCUCCGUCUUCUCCGAGGUACGUUGCACCGAUGCUACGGAUGGCAUCGAAUACAGGCUGGAGUUAGUGCGCUCUCGCAACCUAGAGACGUACAUCGCCGUCAAAGGCAAUAAGGGCCAGAUUUGCUGGCUCUGGCGAAAGGUUCCUGUCACGAGCUCACAAGCCCGCUUGGUGGGCAAUGGAAAUACGGGCCUCAGCAAUGGCAACGGCGCCGGGCACAGCAACGGGCACAGCAACGGGCACAGCAACGGGCACAGCAACGGCAGCAAGAAUGAGUGCAACGGCGUUUCGAGUCCCCAUGCGGACGACCUCCUCGCCCCCCCGGCGACGGGCCAGCUCGCCACCCACGAUGGUCUCUUCGGACCUGGCUUUGGGAGCGACCGGGUGGGAGGCGCGGGGCCCGCGUCCGCCCUAGCCCGAGCCCUGGAGCUCGGGGAGCCGGGUAAGCGCGUGCUGGAUUGGCAGUGCGGUCUGGGCGGGUACGGGCUGUGGCUGGCGGAAAAAUGCGGCGCCAAGGUCUGGCAGGUGGACGAGCGGACGGCCUUGAUUGAGGGGGCGGUGCAGCACUCCAGGACCCUGCCCAAGGCGCACACGGUCUUGGAGGUCUGUCGUCUCCACAGCCGGGAGUUCGAUCCAGAGAGCCUGGACGCGGUCAUCGUGCACACGCCACAGCCCUUGAGCCCCUUGUCGUCCUCGUUUUACCACAGAGCGGCGGCCUGGCUGAGGCCCGGGGGCCGUCUCGUGGCAGGGCUGCUGCUGGAGACUGUGGGGGAGGCAGAGAAGCUCCUAGCGGCCCUGGCAAAAGCGUUCGGGCAGGAGGUGGUGAUGACGGAUAUGACGGCGCAGAUGGUGGAGUGGAUGGAGCAGAGUUUGACGGCCUCGCGCGCGGCCCACAGGACGGUGGAGCCUGGCAAUGGCCACACAAAUGGCAACGCUCACAUUGCGCGCAAAGAACAGGAAUUGCAAACCGCUGUGAAACAGUGGUGGGAAGAACAGCUAGAGCGAGUCAAGGCCGGUGGCUUACACUACUUUCUUUUCAAAGCAACCAAGCAAGCUUGA